AAGCGAACAAACACUUCGCCGCCACGUGCGCGACUGUAAAAAGGCGACUAACGUUAUGGCGGCAGAUGACCUGGACGCUGCAUACGAAGGUCUCUUCAUGGCAGCCGAGCAUGGGCGCGCAGAUGUCCUCAAGGCGCUCCUUGAACAUGGGAAGGAUGUCUUGGACCUACCACAGAUUCGAAAUGCCAGUGGACUGACUCCACUCCAUGUCGCGGUGAUCUACCAAAAGGCCGACGCUGUUCGCGCUUUGCUGGCAGCUGGCUUCCCAGCUGAUGCGGUUGUGCUUGGUGCGAACGAUUCAAAGUACGCAGGGAUGUCUGCGUAUGCGUUGGCGGCGAACCAGGCGCCGGUGAGCACCAUGAUGCAUGUGUUCCUCCAGUACGCGAUCCAAGAAAUCGCAGCCAACCACAUGGAAAGCGUCGCGUGUCUGCUUCGAGCCGGCAUCGACCCCAUCACCGCCACAGAUGGAUCACCCCUCGACAACUCACUGCUCCAUUGGGCUGCCUGUAGCAAUGCCACCGACGUCGCUGCACUUCUACUGCGUCACGUCCAAGACGACCAGCAGCGAGCUGUGUUUGUCAACCGCCGCAACGCCGACGGCGCCACGGCCUUGCAUGAUGCGUGCUAUGGCAAUCACGUAUCUUGUGUCCAACUGCUGGUGGAUCACGGCGCCGACCUCUCGGUUGUGGGAACGUCGGGCUACGUCAAGGACAAGAUGGCGGUCGAAGUCGCGAGUAGCAGCGACAUCACGCGCAUUGUGGCCAAGGCACGUUUCCAGCGCGCAUCGGCCUUGUCUAGCCCUCGCCCAACCGUCAGUCGUACGUCCACGUCAUUACCAAAACCACGUGAGGUAGUUGCUUCGGGGGGCGAGGUCGACUUGGAGCAACCGGUGCCGCCACUGUCGCCGCCGCGGUCCACAUCGUCGAAUCCACGAAAGGAAGACGUGGAUGGGCCACCAUCCCAUGCCGGAGGAGCCUUGUCCGUGGAGCAUACGUCGGUGCUGUUAGAAGAAAAGCAAGCGUUGAUUGACGAACUCAAGCACACGAUCGACGGUUUGGUCACCGAGUCCCAUGACCGCCAAUUGCUCGGGGAAGAGACGGUCGUGCUCGAGUUUAUUCGAAAGCUGCGCGAGGAAAAGCAAGCGGUGGAGCGCCAUUUGCACGAUGCUGAAGACCACAUUGUCGCACAGGAAGAGAUCAUGAUGGAACUCAAAGCCCAUAUUCGUCGCCACAACACGCUAGUCGAGGAUUUGAAGCUGGAAAUCCGUACGCUACAACAAGCCAAGUACAGGACAAGUGGCGUCCCACAUGGGGAAGAUGCGGUAGUCGUCACAGUGACUGGUGCAGACGACAGCGGCGAGCCACGACGUAACGACCCAAGGAACGGUAGCUCCCACAACACAUUUCAGAACACCAGUGUGACCAUCACCACGGAUCUGGAAGUGCCGCUGCCACCUUCACCGACACCGCCGCCAACCCCAAGCUUCUGGUCGAACUUGUUGUACUAUUUGUGGCCGUUCGCAGACGAAGAAACCCUGCCGUCGAUGACCGAGUCGCCACCUGGCAUUUUGGAUGCGACCAUCUUGACUGUGUAAACUGCAGUAUUUAAUAAACCUGACGACCAUAUAUUGUCGAUUUGAUACAA